AUGUGUAUUUAUUUUCAUCUACAGUUCGAAUGGACUCUUGUGUUUGGUUCACAACAAGGAAAAAGUAAUUCAGAUUAUAUCCCGUUUAUUGAAGGUGGGGAGUUCUACAACAGUGAUAUCUUCUCUGAUUCUAAGCAGUGUGAAGAGGUCAAAGCUAAUCCGCUUUUCUGUUGCUAUGGAGUCAGCGGCGCCAUCGUGUGGUCAGAGCUGAAAGAGUUAACAGGACAGUAUGGGUUUGCUGAUCCUUACCUCCUGUACGCCGCUGACACCUUCCAAUUUGGCACCGAGAAAAACAAGCGGGAUCUAAGGGGAGUUAACUAUGUGUGCGCUGUGUACAGACUCAUUAAGCUAGUCCCUGAAAUGACUGGACAAGGAGCCAUAGUGUCCUACAAUGGGAAAUAUGAAAGAAGCCGGGACUUUUUAAAAUGGGAUGUCAAUAUGAUAUUCAAGACAGAUGUUCCUACAAAGAUAGAUGGAUAUUUCGCAAGUGUCUUGGCUAAAUCCAAAUUCGCAAGAUUUUUUACUUUUGAAAGAUAUGGAGGACAGGUUUUUUCAAAAAGGAACCAGAAUCCAUUCUCCUAUUUAAAAGCAUUGCGUGAAAGUGGAUCGGCCUAUCCUAAACCAAUUUUUCCUAUGGAUGAACAACACAAUAAAUAUUAUGAAGAUGCAAUUAAAAACGUCCUUUAAGAAUAUUUGACGAUAACGUUUCCUGCAAGUUUGUGAGGCAAUAUUCCCUUCUCAUUCUUCUUAUUAUGGAGUCAAUUCAAUCUUAAUAUGCAUUUUUUAGCCUACCUUUCGAUUUAUUUAAAUUAAUAUUGUAUCAUAAUGCGUUUAUUAUAUUUAAUU